AUGCGCCAUGGCCGCGGUCCCUAUCGCCUCCCACCAUGCCAUCCUUCGGAACGAACAAAACCUUGUCACUGUUCUUACCGAGUCGCUCCACAUCAGAGCCUUUCAUACUUCACACCCACCCUCUCACGCGCGCCGCUCCACGUCAUCCUCCUCAUCAUCGGCGCGCUUCUCUCUUCUUCCUCGCUUCCCGGCUCGCGCACUCUCGACGCCGCUGCUCCGCGCCUCGCGGUAGCGCAAGGCGGCGAAGCCGCGUCGCUGAAAGCCGCGUUCCUCGUUGAAACGUGGUCGGAAGCGUACGGGCUGGGCGGAGACUCCGUGCUCCCCCCUUCCGCCGUCUCCCUCCCCGCGGGCGUGCCCGCUGCGCCGCACCUGGAGGACUGCGCGCUAGUGAGCGCGGAGAGGGAGGCGUGGGAGCGGAGAGGCGCGCGGGGAGAGGAGCCCGCGUGGACGCGGGGAGCUCCAAGGAAGGCGCAGGCUGCUGCUGCUUCUGGUGAUGGUGCUGGUGCUUUCCAUGGGUGUUCCGGACAGGAGCAGGGGGAGGGGGUCCCGCAGCCGCCAUGGAUCAGAGGGCCGGAUGAAGCCAAUCUGCCGCUGACACGUGUCGUGCAGAGGGACAUCUGGCGGAGCCAGUUCCCCCCCGGGGAUUGCACGGACAGGCGGCUCCUUGUUGCCCACUGGGCCAAAUCCACGUCGCAUGGCGUUGGCUCCCAGAUCCACUACAUGAGUGCACUGCUGAGUGUGGCCAUGCGCCACAACCGCACGCUCGUCGCUCAACCCGACAGCUUCGACCGCGCUCGCACGCCCUCCUGUGAAGCUGCGGGUCACAACAGCCAAUGGGAGUGCUUCUUCUUCCCGCCCGCCUCGUCAGCGUGCCGCCACGUCAUCCAACAGGCGCUGAUGCAGAACCUUGAGAAGAUUCCCUGGGCGAAGGAAGAUCCUGCUGACGUGGCAGCGGGGGACGAUCCGAUCGUCAUCGUUGGAUACACCAACCCAACGAUGCUCUUCAUGGAAGCCGGAGCGGUAGAAUUCUCUUCCCUCCAUUUCCCCGUUUCCCCUCCUCCUCCGCGCUUCCUUCCUCCCUGCCCCUCCCCUUCAGCCUCUGGGGAGAGAGACGUGUUGCGCUGCAUGCUGCAGUCGUAUCACGCGGAGGAGCAGGUGGUGCUGGCAGGUGCACUGGUGGCGGGCAUAGGCAGUGCAAUUCAUCAUGCAAAGGAGCAGGUGGUGCACUGGUGGCGGGCGCAGGCGGUGCGAUUCAUCAUGCGGUGGCCGUCGGCGCAUCUCUGCCAUGUCACCAACCAGGAGAGGCACCGCGCCUUCGCCAUGCUCGCAGCCAAUCUCGUCGCUCGCUUCCUGCACACCCAAUCAGAAACCCUCUCCUCCCUCUCUCACAGCACCGCCCCUGCUGCUGCCGCCUUUGCCGCUGCCGCUUCUGCCGCACCUAUUGCUCUCAACGUCCCAGCCAAUGCUACUGACUGGGAGGCAAGGAGGCGAAGAGCGGCAGAUCGGUUGGCGGCUCUUGCAGGCUCCUCCCUCUCCUUCCACUCAGACGCCACUGGCAGUGCCACAGGGGGCGGUGACAAUGACAAUGGCAACGGCUCGGAUGCCAGCUGGUCGCUAGGAGUGCAGGAGCCGUACAUGCCGCGGCCUAUAGUGAGUCUGCAUGUAAGGGGUACAGACAAGUUUGCAGAGAUGGGGCUGACCUCCCUCGACUCCCACCUCUUCCAAAUCAACCGCCUCCGCCAGCACGGGCUUGACCUCUCCCACGUCUGGCUCAACACCGAAACUCAGGUGAUUUGCUUUCCAAAUGACAUCCUGCCCGUGUCCCGUUCCCGUUCCAAGUAUUUCUCAUCCGCUUUCAAUCCCUUCCUGCUGCUGUUCCUGCCAGACGUUCUGCGUCCUCCCCCCCCAUCCGCCUUUUCUCCUUGCACCACGCAGGCUAACGUGGACCGAGCAGCGGAUCACCUCUCCUGGAGUUUCUUCUACUCGUCGAAUGCGCGGCAGCAGGAAGCUGUGGGAGGGCUGCGUGAGUAUGAGUGGGCGCAGUCUGUGGCCGUGAGCUUGGCAAGCGUGCUGAUUGCUGCUCAGUGCGAUUACUUAGUUGGAAGCCUCGGCUCCAACUGGAGCCGCCUCAUGAACGAGCUCCGCUCCACCAACGGCCGGCUGGGUGCUGGAUUCAUUGCUGAUAAUGUUGAGGAAUGGUGA